GCCCUUGCUGUGAUCCGGGGCUGGAGGCGGGUCGGGGCUGAGCGCUGUGGCCGGUAUGGUGAGCGGGGAGCUGGGCGGUGUGGAGCUCCGGCGCGGGGUCUUUAUUAUAGUGUUUUAAUGCGGUAACCCGCAGGAUUCGGGCUGUAAAACUGCGUGUUUUCUGCGUGUGUAUUUAGUGCGGGAGGCGGUGAAUCAGUGCAGCCGGUGAAUCGGCUGUUUAUUAAUAAUAAUAUUAUUUUUAUUUCUCUGUUGGAGGAUCCGCUGCUCGCCAGCAAUCUGUCUACUCUGGAGGAGGACGGGGAGAAUAGUAUGGCCAUGACGGGAGGCAUGGCAGCGCCGCUCCCGAUGAGUAAUCACACGAGAGAGAGAGUCACCGUGGCCAAACUGACGCUGGAGAACUUCUACAGCACCCUCCUCACCCAACACGAGGAGAGAGAGAUGAGGCAGAAGAAACUGGAGAAGGUGAUGGAUGAGGAAGGUUUACUUGAUGAAGAGAAAAUCACCAGGCGCUCUCAGCACGCUCGCAAAGAGACCGAGUUCCUGAGGCUGAAGAGAACUCGACUGGGGCUCGAUGACUUUGAGUCGCUGAAAGUUAUCGGUAGAGGUGCUUUUGGAGAGGUGCGUCUGGUGCAGAAGAAGGACACGGGUCAUAUCUACGCCAUGAAGAUCCUGAGAAAAGCAGACAUGCUGGAGAAAGAACAGGUGGCACAUAUCAGGGCUGAGCGGGACAUUCUUGUGGAGGCUGAUGGAGCAUGGGUGGUGAAAAUGUUCUACAGUUUUCAAGAUAAAAGGAAUCUUUAUCUGAUUAUGGAGUUUCUGCCCGGAGGAGACAUGAUGACUCUGCUGAUGAAGAAGGACACGCUCUCAGAGGAAGCUACUCAGUUUUAUAUAGCGGAGACGGUUCUGGCUAUUGACUCCAUUCACCAGCUGGGCUUCAUCCACCGAGACAUUAAACCCGACAACCUGCUGCUCGACUCACGGGGUCAUGUGAAACUGUCGGACUUUGGGCUGUGCACCGGUUUAAAGAAGGCCCACCGCACCGAGUUUUACAGAAACCUCACACACAACCCCCCUAGUGACUUCUCUUUUCAGAAUAUGAACUCCAAAAGAAAAGCAGAAACUUGGAAAAAGAACAGACGGCAGCUGGCCUACUCCACUGUCGGCACUCCGGACUACAUCGCCCCCGAGGUCUUCAUGCAGACGGGAUACAAUAAACUCUGUGACUGGUGGUCUCUGGGCGUCAUCAUGUAUGAGAUGCUAAUCGGCUACCCACCCUUCUGCUCCGAGACGCCGCAGGAAACCUACAGGAAAGUCAUGAACUGGAAAGAAACUCUGAUCUUCCCCCCCGAGGUCCCCAUCUCCGAGAAAGCUAAAGACCUGAUCCUCAGAUAUUGUACAGAUGCGGAGAACAGGAUUGGUGCAGUGAGCGUGGAGGAGAUAAAGAGUCAUCCUUUCUUUGAGUCUGUCGACUGGGAGCACAUCAGAGAACGACCUGCUGCGAUCUCUAUCGAGAUUAAAAGCAUUGACGACACGUCUAACUUCGAUGAUUUCCCAGAGUCUGAUAUUUUACAGCCAGUGACUAACGUAACAGAACCGUCUAAGGACUGGGUUUUUCUCAACUACACCUACAAGCGUUUUGAGGGGCUGACCCAGAGAGGAACCAUCCCCACCUACACCAAAGCCGGCAAAGCCUAAAACGAGCCGCCGGCGGGAGAACCUGUGAGGAAAGAGAUGAUUGGACAUCUGAGCGAGCGAGAGCUUCCCUCGGCUACCGUCUCUGUGCUGCUGCCAUAAAGAUGCCGAUGCCUUGACUUCAGAGUCUCAUGCACUGAAACUUCAGACUGCAAAGCUAGUUCUGCACCUGAGGGCCCAGACAGCUGUACCUGUCCUUUAUCCUUAUCCUUAAUAAGAAGAAAUUAAGAAAUAAAAAAAAUAAAAAAAACUAUAUAUCUACCCCUGGCUUAGCUCAGGUAAGUCUAAACACUGUACUGUAGAGACGAGAAAUCGUGAAGCGUGAAUAAAACGGGGUCAUUAAAAGUUCUUACCUCACCUCAGCCUUAUAUCCGCACAUCAGACUUCAGACCUAUCCGGACGGGAUUCGUUUCUCUGUGUAAAAUAUUUUACAUUUCUAUUCUUUAGUGAUAAAACUCUGAAAAAACAGGAGGAUCAGUGAGUUUUUAGGCUUUAGUUUUUCUCGGUCACGUGACAUCACAGAGUUCAGUAGCUCCUCCAUGUCCACUCGCUGUUGCGUUUUUUUUAACAUGGAUCUCCAUGGAAACAAGCGCCCAAAGUGUUUAAGUGUAAUUACGGUGUGCGGCAGUGGACAAAUAUCUAUUUUAUUAAAGGCGAGGAGACGAAACUCAGAGAUGUGCGUCCGGACGGGACUAAAAUUACCAGAGGAGCACGGAGUUCAGAGAAAAACAGUAGAUAAUUCAGACUGUAAUGUUUUUUUAUCUGAGAAAAAAAAACACGUACAUGAUCGUUCUGGACAGGAAUAAAAUCACAGAGGAUAAAAAAACAAUAAAAGAGAAAAUUACCACAAAAUAUUACACCCUGAGAAACUAAUCUUUUCUGGAUAGGUCUUUACGAAAUUACCUUUUCUUUUUUUUUUUUUUUUU